UUAAAACAACAAUAUUGUCAAUUUGUCAUUUGUCAGUGUAAAAUAUUAAUUUUGAAGGUUAAAUGAAAAACGUGGUUGUUCCGGAAAAUUGUAAUUUCCUAAUCAAUUUGCAAUCGUUUUAGUAAUUCGUAAGGCUUUCUAUUAUUUGCUGCAAUAUUUACGUAUUUCACGUAACAUAGUCGAAAUGGAUUGGAAUUUUGAAUACGGCGAACUCGCCAAGGACAAAGAAUUCGUAAAUAAAUAUGAGAGCCUGAAGGAGAAUUUAAUUGAAUUGCAAAAGGUCUUGGAGAAAUUACUGCCAUUGAAGGCACAAUACGAUAAGAUGUGCCUUCCAGCGCAGAUCGAGUUAGAUCUAUUUCUUGCGUUUACAUUGAAUUCCCUACAUUGGGUGCAGCUGCGAGUUGAGGGAGUAGAUCCUACAACGCAUCCCAUAAAGGACGAGCUGCAACGAAUUAAAACUGUAAUGACGAAAUGGCAAGAAGUAAAAGACAAAGAAAAGAGGCCCACUGUUGAUUUGGAAGCUGCGAAAAGGUUCGUCCGAAGCGGUCUCUAUGACCCCUACAGGGCUAUAGGUCAACCGGCGAAUAAAAAAAUUAAAUUUAAAGAAGACGAUGAAUAAGGUUUUACAUCAUUAUUAUUUUUAAACACCCCAGUUAAGACUGAAUUGACUAAAUAUCUUUUUCUUUACCCGUGGAUCUGUGUAGUUGUCUUCAAUCAUGUUCAUUGUUGGUUCCCGUUAAUAUAGAUGUAAAUUAUGCAUGAUGUAAUCGAUGUCAUUAGAAUUUAUAACUUAUUGUAAUUAAAUAAUCUCUGUAAUUAA